AUGUCUCUUACUAGUGGAUGUAUUGGUUGUUAUUGCUUUUUAACAAACAUUAAUUUGUCAUUGGAAAAUACCAAAAAUAAACUAUUAAAAACUUUAACCUUAAAAUUUGGUGAUGAAAGAUAUAAGUCAAUAACAGAUGCUUGGAAUGCUUAUCAACAACAAUAUUCAUGUUGUGGUAUAACAUCAGAGAUGGAUUAUAUUUUAACACAAUGGUUCAAAAAACAGCAUUCAUUUUUCCACAGGAAAAGAAGACCAUUAUCUUGUUGUCCUUCAUGUGAACAACUAUUUUCAAUUCAUUGCUUAAAAAUAAUUCCACAAAUACUCACAAAACAACCAACUUUCUCCCAACAAUUUAUUGAUGAUAAUCAAUUAUAUACUGAAGAAUGCUUAACUAUCCUUAAUAUAUGUUCUUUUAAUUCAACUUAUCCUUUCUCUAAUGAUAUGUGUCAUGGAAACGUACCAAUCCCUCCUGGAGUUCCGGUAUCUUUUUUACUCCACACCAAUGGAUGCCUAAAUGUUAUACAUGAAAAGGAUAAAAAAAUAGUUGAAAAAUUUACUAUUGUAUCAUGGUUUUAUUCUAUCCUUAAUGCUAUAAAUGCUUCCCUUGUACUUUUUAUAUAUCAAAGAGUUUUCAUUAAACAUGCUUACUCAACUAUCUUGCUUGACUCAUGA